UCGUCUCACUUGAGGAAGUAUCGUUUUGGCGACAGCACAGAUGUUGGCCAGUGCGUUUCUAGAGGUCUGUCCAGUAUGAAAGUGGACCGGUUUAACUUUUACAAUGAUUUGAUCAGCCGGGUCAGGAAUCAUUGACAGCCAGUCCCACCCCUUCCCCAUCAGAGUGGUGUAAGAGGAAGAUCACCACACCCGUCCCGCACCACCAACCUCCCCUCCUCCCGUCCCAUCCCUCCUCCCCUCCCCUCCACUUCACUCCACUCCUCCUUCCUUCACCAUGGAGCCAAAGAAGAAAGUUUUCGGUAACCUGAAGCAGAAGACCAAGCCCUUCCUCAGCUACCUGCGCGGCGGACGCAAGAGCCACAGCAAGCAGGACCAGGUGAGCCAGAGUCUGAGCCAGCCCAGCCUGCUGGACAACCGCAUGAGCGCCUCCGUGCCGGACAUCACCUACCUGCGCCACCCGCUCCGCACCCGGGACCCCAGCCUGCAGGCCUCUCAGCCGGACAUCCCCUCUCACAGCAGUCCUUCCACGCCACUCAGUAGGCCGCGAGGGCCCACCACCCGCGUCUCAGCGUCUCCAUCCCCUCUGGCUGGUGCGUUUCCUGGACCGGACGAGCUGGACGGUCCCCGGAUGAUGAUGGCGGCUCCUUCUUCUCCCACAGACUGGGCUUCCUCGGAGGCGUUGAGUGGUGGACGCACGUACACGUACACAGACGAGCCGGGGUCUCCGGAGAGUAGGGAGGCGCAUCAUUAUCAGCAUCAGCAGGAGGCAAGGGAUCCAGACGGGCAGGAGAACGGUCAGCAAGGGGUCCUACUCAGCACGGAGCUGCCCACCGUCGAGGUGUCAGGAGUCCAUGACGACAGGACUGAGAGCCCCGUAGAAACCAGUCCUCAGGAGACGCAAACAGUUAAGGAGGUUGAGAACAAUGGCGUGAGUACAUUCUUAGACGUUGGAGGAAGCGAGGGCCUUCCAGACGCCAGCCAAGACUCCCAGAAGACCUACCUUCUCGCCAUCACCCUGAAGGAGGGACGCAACCUGGUCAUCAGAGAUCGCUGCGGCACGAGUGAUCCCUACGUGAAAUUCAAAUUGGAUGGGAAGACACUGUACAAGAGCAAGGUUGUGUACAAAAACCUGAACCCUGUUUGGAAUGAGUCCUUCACAUUUCCUGUCCUUGACCUGGAGGAGAAACUGUUUGUUAGGGUUUACGAUCGGGACUUGACUUCAGAUGACUUCAUGGGGUGCAGCAGUGUUGCGCUGAAUGAUCUUGAACUUGAGAAAGUGUAUCCACUGGUGUUGAGCCUAAAUGACCCCAACAGCCUGGAGGAGGACAUGGGCGUGGUGCUCCUAGACGUCUGCUUGUCCCUGAGGGAUGGGGACGGCAAGAGGAACUCAAAGUGGACAACACCAAAGAGGAAAAAAAGCAUAAGGCAGUCAGGGCCGUCGCAGCAGAGCAAGCGUCUGUCGGAGAGCUUGAGGAAGAGCCAGCUGUGGACGGGGGUGUGGACCAUCUCACUGGUGGAGGGCCAGGACCUGCCGGAGGACAUCCCCGGGGACAUGUUCGUACGCUUCCGACUUGGAGAACAGAAGUACAAGAGCAAGAGCCAGGGCAGGAAGGCCAACCCACAGUGGAGGGAGCGAUUUGACUUCAACCAGUUCCCACAAGGGCCAAGUGUCCUGGAGGUGGAGGUUUGGUCAAAAGAGGGCCGUCGCUAUGAGGAAUGCUUUGGAAUGUGUGAUGUCGACCUAUCUGGCCUGCCAGUUAACCAGCCCCAGGUCUAUACGCGCACCCUCCACCAUGGCAGGGGCCGAGUGCUCUUCCUGGUCACACUGAACGUGUGCAGCGGGGUGUCGGUGUGUGACCUCAGUGCUACCCCGCUGGAGGACACACGCGAGAGGGAGACCGUGUAUGAGAGAUAUGCAUUCCGGAACUCACUGAAGAACAUGAGGGAUGUGGGCUUCCUGCAGGUCAAAGUCAUCAAGGCCACUGAUCUGAUGGCUGCUGACCUAAAUGGGAAAAGUGACCCUUUCUGUGUACUGGAACUGGGAAAUGACCGACUUCAAACGCACACAAUCUACAAGACCCUCAAUCCCGAUUGGAACAAAGUAUUCACGUUACCCAUUAAAGACAUCCAUGACAUCCUGGAGGUGACGGUCUUCGAUGAGGACGGGGACAAGGCACCUGACUUCCUUGGAAAAGUGGCCAUUCCACUGCUCACGGUUCACAAUGGACAGCAGGUGUCCUUCCCACUAAGGAAGGAUGACCUCGGCCGGCCCUCGAAGGGCAGCAUACUGCUGGAGCUGGAGGUCUUUUUCAAUCCUGUCAGAGCCGGUUUCAGAACAUUCAAUCCAAGGGAAAAGAAAUUUCAGGAAGACAAUCCUAAAUUUUCCAAAAAGAUCUUGGCCCGUAACGUGCUGCGCGUGAGGAACCUCCUGCGGGCCAUAGUGAGCACCCAGCAGUACAUCAAGAGCUGUUUCCAGUGGGAGAGCAUACAGCGCAGUAUCAUCGCAUUCAUGGUGUUUGUGAUGACGGUGUGGUACUGGGAGUUCUACAUGCUGCCGCUCUUCCUGGUUCUCCUCAUUGGCAGGAACUACAUUCUGGUGGUGUCGGAGAGAGCCAACCAGGACAUGGACAGUAUGGACCUGGGGGAUGAUGAAGAGGAUGAUGACAAGGAGUCCGAAAAGAAAGGGCUGAUGGAAAAAAUCCAUAUGGUCCAAGAAAUCGUCAUAACCGUCCAGAACCUUCUGGAAGAAAUAGCCAGUUUUGGAGAGCGGAUAAAAAACACGUUCAACUGGUCCGUGCCAUUUCUCUCCAAUUUGGCCUUCCUGGUCCUGCUUACAGCGACAGUGCUGACCUAUUUAAUACCUGUGCGAUACAUCGUUUUAUUAUGGGGUAUUAACAAAUUUACCAAAAAGUUACGCAAGCCGUACGCCAUCGACAAUAACGAGGUGAUGGACUUCCUGUCCAGGGUCCCCUCGGACGUGCAGAAGGCCCAGUACACAGAGGCGAGAGGACCAGGAGGACAGAGCCCUCUACGGAAGAAGAGAAAUGCCACAUAACCAUCGAGCCCUCCACACACACACACACACACACACACACACACACACACACACACACACACACACACACACACACACACACACACACACACACACACACACACACACACACACACACACACACACACACACACACACACAAACCUGAGAGUGGUGAUUCUGAGGCCACAGCUAAAUCCUGUUGCAUGGACAUAUAAACAUACAAUGCUUUUUGCCGAUUGAUAUGAGGCUGUGUGUUUGUGUGUGCUUGUGUGUGUAUG